AUGGGGCAGGGGCUGAUUGCCUCGUGGCUCCUGGGGUUCACUCAGCCACCUGGCCUCGUUGUGCAUAUCCGUGGCAGGAAGGUGCAUGAGCGGUACCUACCUGCUCAUGGGGCAGUGCAUGGAGCUGUUUUCUUCCCCCUCCCGUUUUUUUUCCCGCCCCUACGCCGGCCCCUCUUUCCCCGCUCCCUCUCCCCUCACCCCCCUCCACUCCCAGCUGUUUUCCCUCGCCUCCCCUCUCUCUUUUCCCCUACCCCUCUUCCCUCGUUCCCCUCCUCCCCGUUCUUCCCCCGCUCACCCCCGGCUCCCCACCCCCCCCCCCCUCUCUCUCUGGCGGAGGACCCCACCCAGCCCGCAUCUUACCCCACCCAGCCCGCAUCUUACCUCACUCCCCCUCCCCUCCCUAUUUCGCCUCCCCAUUUCCCCCAUCCCCCCUCCCGCCCCUCAACCCUCACCCUCUCUUUUCCCCCUUCCACCUCCCCCAGACCCCCCAGCCCAACCAGCCCACCCUUCCCCUCACUUCUCCAAGCUCCUGUUUUUACCCCUCAUCUCCCUCCUCAUCUCCCUCCUCAUCUCCCUCCUCAUCUCCCUCCUCGUCUCCCUCCUCAUCACCCCCUGGUCAUCUUCCCCUCACAGCUCCCCAAGGCCCCCCCUUCUCUGGUGGAAGACCCCACCCAGCCCGCCCUCCCCUCACUCCUCUUCCCUUCGAUUUGUUCCCCUCUCUGUCCUCUUUUUCCCCUUCCAGCUCCCCAAGACGCCCCCUGCUCUGGCGGAGGACCCCACCCAGCCCGCCCUCCCCUCCCCCCUCUCCACUCUCCCCUUUCCACUCUUCUUUUGUCCCCUCUCCUCCCCUUUCUCCUCCUGUCCCCCUCCCCCUCUUUCCCCCAGCUCCCCAAGACGCCCCCCGCUCUGGCGGAGGACCCUACUCAGCCCGCCCUCCCCUCCCUCCCGCCUCUUUCCACUUUUCCCCUCCCCUUUUCCCCCACUCCCCCACCCCCGCACUCCCCGCACACCUUCUCUUUUCCCCCUCCAACAGCCCCCCAAGACACUCCCCGCCCCUUCUCUCCCCUUACCCCUCUCCAAUCCCGCUUGUUUUCCAUCCCCUCCCCUUCCUCUUCCCACCCCUACCCCUCUUCCCCUGUUCCCCCUCCUUUUCCCCUCCCCCACCUUUCCCAGCUCCCCAAGACUCCCCCCGCUCUGGCAGAGGACCCCACUCAACCUGCCCUCCCCUCCCCAGGGGGCGGCCCUCCGGACCAUCCCCUCCGCCCAGGCGCGCAGGGAGGGGGUGGGGGUGGUAACUCCACUGGUAACCCCACUGGUAACCACAUGGGUAAGACGGGGAAUGCAGAUAUGGGCGGUGGAAACAUGGGGAAGGGGAAUGUGAGGAAUCAUCUGCAUGGGAGUGGGGGAGGUCAGGGGAACGCGCAGGGGGGAGGUGGUAUGUGGCAUGGAGGGGCGAAUGGAGGGGGGGGUGGGGAGGGGGAGGGAGGGAGAGGUAUUGAAAACGGUGAUGGUUUUGGUGCUGCUGCUGGUAAGGAUGGUGAAAUGGGAGGACGAGGAAGAAGAGGAGGAGAAGAUGACGAGAUAAUGCACAUGCAGCAAGGAGGGGACACGGGGGGGAGGGACAAUAACGAGCCAACCCCAAUGAGCGUGGUUCUUCCUACCCUUGGGGGCGAUGGAGGGUCAGGCGGGACAGCGGGAGGCGGAGAGGGAACAGGAGGAGGAGGAGGAAGCGGAGGAGGAGGAGGUGGAGGAGGGGUGACGGGAGGCGGAGGAAAGGGGGGGACAGGGGGGGCGGGAGGGACAGGGGGAGGGGGAUGUUCGGGGGGUUUGACUGGUACAGCAACGGGAACAAUGCAGGCAUUGACUUUGAAUGUGGGGGGAGGGGGGAGUGGGGGAGAGGGGGGCAGUGGGGGGGCUGUUCAGGAAAAGGCAGGGGUGGGAGUAGGCGCAAGGGGAGGUGUAGGGGCAGGGACAAUGAGAGGAAAUGGGUUGUUUCAUUUGCGGUCUGGUGCUGCUGGGUUGGGUCCGGUGACAGGGUCUGGGCUAGGGGCUGGGAUGGGGAUGGGAGUGGGGGCAGGGAUGGGGGGUCGGAGAGCUGGUGGUGUGGCAGGGAGAGGAGGCGAAGAGGGAGGGGCUCGGAGCAUAGUUAUGGGGAACGUGAGUGACGCCCCUGCUGUGGCCAUAGCGGUGGGGGAUGAUGAGAUCCCUGCGUUACUGUCACCUGCUGUAGAAGCACACGGGUAUCAACAGCAGCACGUGCGCCAGCAACAGCAACAGCAGCAACAACAGCAGCAGCAGCAGCAGCAGCAGCAGCAGCAAAAGCGAGAGGAAGGGAAUCAAGGCAGGGGGGGCAUGAUCGAUUUGAACUCCUGGCCUCAGCGGUCUACUGAACCCUCCCAAAAAAAGGGGGGGAGCAAUGGAGGAGAGCUGAGCAGCGAAGCAGGGGUAGUGCCGGAUAUGCCGCCCGAUGAAAUUGCCGUCCAGGCAAUGUGA